UAGUUUGAUUUUUGAGUUUGCAUUUGCAGAGGGGUGGGGGGAAGCAAAGAGUGGGCGAAGUGUGAAUAAUCAACGCAAUGCUGCCAUUGACUUGAACACGUUGCGUUCUUGCUCUUCAAGAAAACCAACCACCUUAAAACAACUCCAAUAAUAUUUAGCAUUUGCUAUGUGUAUGAUUCGUCAUUUGAUUUGAAUUGAUUAGGUUAAAGUUUAGGUAUGGUGCUCCCACUUUUGAAACUCGGAACGCUGGCUUUGAAAACCCUAAGCAAACCUGUCGCUAGUAGAUUGAAGCAGCAGGCGGCUCUUCACCCCAGGUUUCGCCAACUCAUCGUUAACAUGGCUCAGACAAAUCAUCAAAUCACCACGAGAAUGCAACGGCGCAUCUACGGUCACGCCACCGAUGUUGAGAUUCGGCCCUUGAAUGAGGAAAAGGCUGUUCAGGCUGCGGUUGACCUUAUCGGAGAACUCUUUGUCUUCUCGGUUGCAGGAGUUCUCUUGAUCUUUGAGGUACAAAGAAGUUCUAGAUCUGAGGCAAGAAAGGAGGAGCUACGAAAACAGGAGCUUGAGGCUGUGAGACAAAAACAUGAGAACUUGGCAGAAGAAGUGGAACUUCUUAAGCAAAGAAUUCAAGAACUGGAACAGAUGGCCAGGGGACGAGGACUGACUGGCAUUCUAAACUUCAGACAAGGUAAUACAGAAAUUGGAAAGGCGGAGAAAACUGCUUGAGCUGAUGUUCUGAUAAACAGAAUAAUUAUUUGACAUUUUUUUCAUUCGUCUUCGCGAUGAAUGUCAAGCUUAAUCUCUGAUUCAUUUGAGGGUCUUUUCAAGAGGGGCCUAUUUUGUAAGCGUUCAUUUGCUUCUAGGUGUAAGAGUUCAAUUAUCUUGCUGUGCUAGGGAUAACUUUCAGAUUGAAAUUGUAUUUUCCCAAAUAAGUGGCAGAUAAUUCAUAGAGGCUAAGAGGUGACGCUCUCAAUUGAGCAUAAAAUGCGUCAUCUCAAAUAUACCCUUUGCCUUCUCAAUCCACUUGUUAUUAUUCUUUAAAAAGAAAAGAACAUUCGUUCUUCAUGAA